AUGGGGGAUAUAAAGAUGGAGGGAGAUAGAGUGCCCACAAAAGUAUGCAACAUAUUUCACAGUUCGAGGCAGAUGGCGAUGGAAAAGGACAAAACAGACCCAAGGGAAAGCCCCACUGUCGCCACACGCCCACAAGCCCACUCUCAAAAGCGUGACUGUUACUUCCAGCAUCCCAGAGCACCCCACGCCCCCCAUCCGGUCACCCCCGCAACCCCACCCCUUCCCUGA